AGAGGCUCCCGCGUCCAAAGGAACUCCUGUAAACUUUUCAGACUUGUGACUUUUAUUACUUUUAGUGUUUAGUGAAAAUAAUAGGUGAACUGUGUUUUUUUUUGUGUUGAGUUUUUUCUGGGUUUAUUUUUGCACGAUGGUACCCCAACAAAUUUCGGAUGUGCGUUCUUUGACGCCCACCUCGAGCGUUCCUGUUUUUGGAUCGCAACUGGUGGACAAAAACUCCUCAACGCCCUACACUGACGCAACUCAGACAAAAAAGAACAACCCAAACCACAUCAAGAGGCCGAUGAAUGCUUUCAUGGUCUGGUCGCAGAUCGAGCGCAGAAAAAUUUGCGAGCAAACCCCUGACAUGCAUAAUGCGGAGAUAUCCAAGAACCUUGGCCGCGUGUGGAAGACGUUAAACGAUGAGGAGAGGCAACCUUUCAUUGACGAGGCGGAAAGGCUCAGGCAGCUACAUAUGCGGGAGUACCCCGACUACAAGUACAGGCCCCGCAAGAAGACUGCGAAACCAGCGCAAAGAAGCGGUGCCGUGACGAAACAAAAGCGCAAACAACGCGCCGAUAGUAACAACAAUAGAGGUGUCUCCAGGCGACGAAGUCGACCGAUACCUUCCGUGCCAAGCGUACCCGUCGAAACGCCUGCACCUCCUCCAUUGCCCGCAUCCCCAGCUGGAUCCCCGGAUUCCCCCGAAUCUGCCUGCUUUUAUGAUGACGCCACGCGGCGUGACCAGACGGAUCUCACAGAUCUUUACUCGAUCACGGACUUGCUUCCGUUGCCCGCAGACUGCGAGGUGGAUCUCGACGCGCUGACGGAUAUGGAGUCCUUCGAGACGGCGUCCUCUUCCUCCGGAUCGCACUUCGAGUUCUCGUGUACGCCCGACGUGUCGGACAUGCUGAGCGAGAUUGGCGUGGCGGGCGACUGGGAUGACCAUACGUUUUCGUCGUACCUCACGUCGUCCUAGAGCGGAGCCGGGUCGCCACGGCCGCUGGCCGCCACCACUGAUCUCAUGUUCGAGCCGCCGCCCGGGGGCUGACGACGCGGCGACCGGUCGCCGCCCCGCCUAGAGAGUGCCUACAUCCAAUUGACGUGUCGACAUUUGGAUUCAAUGUACAAAGUUAUUUGAUAAGAUUCGAGGGUGAAAUUUAAUUUCUAAGUACACCGGCCGCGUGGCCGGGUUCAUCUUCCUUUUUCUCAGUUAUUCCUUUGUGUUGAAUGCGAACUAUUUGGAAACGGCUCCCCGGCGCUGUGCUGGGUUUUAAAAUGUAGGCUGUGAGUUGGUUCUCGUUGUAAAGUUUUGCUUUUCUUAAUGGUUUUGUUGAAAACAUUUGGGGUGAUUUCCAAACGGCACGUCUCAGACGCAUCUCAGUAAAUAAUCCGUCUUACUCUCCGUCGCCUGAUUAGCAUGCCACGGUCCAGUCAGGCCGCUCGUCGCAUGCUCGCCGCGCGUUGUCGCGUCCGUAUUCUAUACGUGUACAUUACUCGACUUGGCUUCUAUUCUAAGUUCGCGAUUCCUAUGCCGCUGUUAAUUUUACGUUAUUAACAAUUUACUGUAAGAACGGUCGUUUAUUUAAAUUUAAAAAGUUAGGUGAAACAAUAUUUCGAUCGAGUAAUAGAGACAUAGGACUAGGUUAUAGUCACGUUCGUCUUACGUUGUAUUUACUGUACGUAAGUUCACUUUAUAUACUUUGAUGCACACAUAGUUAAUAGUUCGACAUUAUAAUUUUACAUUUGGAAGCUAAUCGGUAUGACAGUUGAAGAAUUUCGGAGUGCGGGUUUUUCGAGUAGGAGUUUUUGUUGGGAGUCCCUCGCUGCGCUUAGACUUUGGUAUUUGCUAUUGGAAUAAGCCACGCGUGUAUUUUGGUCGACAGGGCCACCCUUUGUAUUUACUGCGCGCGUGACUUAUUCCAAAUUCAUUGGUAGCACGGCGAGGGUAGUGUAGGUGUUUAAAGUUGAUACGUCUUGCUAUAGUGUACGUUAGGUCGUUUAAGGUAAGGUAAUUUCCGUUCAAUGGUAAGAUACGAAAAAAAAAAAAUGCAAAGAAACGAUGGCACCUCAAGAUCGAUGCGAAGGGACACUGUUCGACUUUCUUCUUUCUUUCUACAUGUUCAUGCUUCAAUAUGUAAUAACGUCUAUAGAAAGAUACAUAUCAAUAAAGGGGGUGUAUUAAUUCGCGGGACGGUGGAAAAAAAAAACUUAUCGUAUGAACAAAACACUAGUUCGGUUCCAAACAAAUGUUUUGCUGUUUCAAACUCUGUGAUUUACUUUAUGGAUUUUCUAAAUUAUAAGGUUCUAGUGGAGACUGAUAUCGCAUAGAUUAGUUUUAGCAUCGCUAGCUUCUCUAUUCUGUUUUAAUUUUUAGAACUGGGCAUAAUUUUUGUGAGGAAAAAAACAAUACGUACCUAUUUUUGAUAAUUUGCGUUUCUGUGGGGAUCGGGUUGCGGUCUCAUUACCGACAUACACUUGCAAUUUUUAUUUCUAAAGCUAGGUAACGUUUUUUAAGAAUUUAUAGUUGCAAAUGUCAAUACGGCGUUGGACCCGAUGUCCACAGCAAUGCACGAGCUAAACCCAAUUUGUAUAAAAAUUCGCGGAAACUGUCAAUUCAUUGAAAAUGGAGUCAGUUAGUUAGCGGGGUAAUGUUUCUGAAACGAAUAUUACCUCAGUCACUUUAAGAUGUAAUUAUAAAUCUUCUAAAAUAUACUUUUUCAGAUAACGAACAAUAUUUGUAGAUAAUCUGUGUCCCUAAGAAAUAUUCAAUACAGUAAGAGAUCCGUUGUGCUGAUUGAUAAAAAAAAGAAAAUGCUUUACUUAUAUUAUUAUAUUCUUAUAAAUAUAUUAUGUAAAAAUGACUUCGUGUAUUAACUUAGUAGGUGUCUACGAAAUCCAAUUAUUUUUAAAGAAAAUGCAUAAAAAUACAUGUUAUCUAUACAUUAUAGUAAUGUGAAUCUGUAAGGAAAAAUUCUUGUGUGUCGUAGAGCGAUAUUAUAUUAUACAUUAUACGGAUAGUGAAAAGAAUAAUUAAUAAAUUUGUGCCUAAUGAAUAAACUUAAAAAUUUUCAAAAUAUGUAUAUUUUAGUGAUGCUCAACAUAACUUUAUAAGCUCGUAGUGAUUUAUUAGAUGCAGUGUAAAUCGUAAAAUUAAGAUUUUGUUUCGGAUGCCAGACAUGCAUUUUGAGUUAAUUUCGCUUUUUUGUAAGUUUGCAAUAUUGUUUAAAAUCACACAUGUGAUCAUACGGCCACGUAUUCAUAAGUAUACAAAUGUUAAGAUACAGGUAUUGUACUGUUUCAGAUGUUUCUGAAAGUAAUAUGUCAGGGGACUUUCCGUCCACAUCAGUCGUGUAAACGUGUAUUACCCAUAGUCAUGUUUCAGAAACCGCAAAAAUUGAUACAACUAGUUUAUGUAUCUGAAACCUUGUGUAUUUACAUGAUGUACACUUAUGAGUAGGGGGUUAUAUCGUCAUAUUUUGUGAUCAUAAUUUUAGGUAGCAGCAACCGUAUUUAAUCGAUGUUAUUUAAACUCACUCAAGCAAAUUUAUAUUUAAGGAUGUAAACUCUGAAUGAAGCUUGCUUGUCCACCACAUGUUGACGUGAAGAGUCGCAUUAAUAUAAGCAUUCACUGCUACAUAUUUUUCCAAAUGUACAUAAAUUUGAAAUAUCAUCGUUUCACAAGGAUUUUUUUAAUUCACCAAUUUGGAAAUUGAUGUGAUAGUAAAUGCUCUUAUUACAAGAUUGAUUAUUACGUUGACAAUAAUGCUUCCUUCUACGAUUAACAAUGGUAAUAUUUUAAUUAGCAAUAAUCCUCAAAAUUUUGAAAUCCCACCCAAAUAAUCAGAUUUACGUACAGAUUUAAAUAUCAACUUCAUACAAAAUCAACAUAAUUUAAAAUACACUAGUUAAAAUAUUAAUUAAUUCAAUGAAUUAGUCUAGUAGUAUCCACCAUAAUACAUUACUAGUUUGGCUUAUCUAUCCUGUGCAAGUUUUUAAAAAUGUUUAGCUUCGGUUACUUCAGAUUACUUUUGGCUUAUUUUAAUAUUUCACUUUUAAUAAAAAUAUACACUUUAAAGAAUUAAAGCAAUAAACUAAUAGUUACACAAACGCUCAAAUUAGAAUAUUAUCUCCUCUAUGAUAUUUAUAGUUCAAUCAGUAAUAUCAUGGACUACGUUUGAAACAAAAUGAUUGCCUAAUUCACUUUAUAAAUUAUGGAAGACAUCUAUAAUAGCAUUGUAGUCGAUUUCUUUGUUUCUAAAAUUGUCGAUCUCUACCUUUUCAUUUUCGAAGUUUUGAUAGCGAGGAGGAUAUUAGAUAUUAUUAUAACCCCAAAGUAUUUGUAAAGCAACAUCGAAUUUACUGUUGUAUUUAGCGCUUCUUGUUGUGGUUCUUCAAUAAUUGGAAUUAUCAGGGUUUCGAUGUUUUCGUUCAAAUAAGGAUUGUAAAAAAACCUUUUGUAUAAAAUUGUCUCUUUGAUUCCCUGGUGUGAUCUUUUCUUAUAAUGUUUCCUAAUACUUUGCUUGAAAUAUUAGGCUUUUUCCUUCGUAGCCUUUUUGAAAAAUCUAUCAAGGUAUUUUAAAGUGUAAAUAAAUAAGUAUUGAAACUGUUUAUAAUAAUGUAAAAGUCAAAAUAAAGCGAUACUGUGAGAAAAAAUUAGAGGGUACUAAUAUGCGUCUCAAAUAAAAUAAAUAUCACGGAGACGUAGUUAGUUGUUGUAGGUUAUAUAUGUAAUGAAAAUAAUUUUAUGUAUAGAAAUUGUUGUAUACUUCAUUGUAUCUAAACUUUUCCAACUUCAUCUUUGGAUAUUUGAUUGCAAUCGUGUAGAUUACAAUUAGAUGAUCAGAGAUGAAAGUUCUUCUGUUAAGAUCUUCAAUUCUUUGAAUUUCAUCAACUUGAUUACUAAUUGGUCUUAAAUAAAAAGGCGCUCACUAUGUUCCGAUAAUAAGAUCCUAUAGGAACCAGAAGUGAUCUUGAGAUAUAAUCUCCUUUUAAAACAACACAAUACUACUAUAUGUAAGUUGAACAAUAGAAUUGAAGAUCCCCCAAGCUUUGCCUGAGUCUAUGCUUAAUAAAUCGCUUGUCAUACAAGUAGAUUGGUGUUUUCUUAAUGAAACAAUAUAAGUAGGUUAUAAAUUAUGUAUGUUUAACAUUAUAAUACAUAAAAUAAGUCAUUAAUGCGAUUCGAUGGAAAAAAAAUGUUAGUGAUUCAUUCACAGAACUGAAAACGUUAAAAAUAUUCUCGUUAUGUUGUUUGAAAAUAAAAUUGAUCGUAAUUACGAGUAUUAUAUCUCUGUAAUAUAUGUAUGUAUCACUGUUGUUGAUUUAUUUAAUAAGCGUCUUCUAUCGUAAGAUUUAUUUAAAUUACAUUUCAAUACUUUGAGACACAACGAAGGAAAUUCUGUUCUUUAAUAGCACAUAAUCUCUGUAAUUAGUUAAUAAUACUACCUGAUAUAUAAUUGGUGUCUAUAAGAUGAUUAUAUUUAACCAUAAUAUUAUUAUAUAUGUCAACUUCAACAAGUAGUGAAUGCAUAUUAAUAAUUAUAUAAAAUAUCUGAAUCGUUGUCGACGUAGAUGUGUCGUUAAUAAAUAAUUAUUAUUGGUAUGGUAAUAAAGCUAAUGAUAAUUGUAAAGUAAAACGAAAACUUCGCACAAUCUGAGGCAAGGAAUUAACAUAGGGAUAAUAGAAUAGGUAUUAAUUGUAAUAUAGUAACUGAUAAUGUUACAGAAUUAAGUGUGAUAGUUAUUUUUACGUUCCAUACUAUUUACUCAGAAAAAGUCUUCAUUAUGUCGAUCUGUUAGGGACUUUGUUUUGCUUUAAUUCGUAUUCUUGAUCAUUCGGAUACAUAACCACAGAGUUGUAGUACGUAUUGUGUAUAUUUUUGUAUAAUAAUAUUAUUAUUUGAAUUUCUAUUAUAACUUUGUUUUUUUCAGAAGUUGAUUGAACACUGUAGGAUUUUCGAUCAAAUUUAUAAGGAACAAAAAUUAUUAAAAAAAAUGGUCCAUUAAAUUCUAUUGAGUAAUAUUAAGGUAAUUAUUACGAGUAGCAGCAAAUGUAUACUUAAAAAUGUGUGCUUACGAUUUGUAUUAUCUGAAAGGAGUACCUAACAUGCCAAACGAAUUCAAACUUUUGAAGCUAAAAAGCAUGGCUUUAAACGUAAAACUGGGACUGAAGUUUCAUUGUCAUUUCUAUUCUUUUGUUCUUGUACCAUUGGACAUUGUAAAUACCUUGUUAAUAAACUACUUAAGGCCACAUAUAUUUUAGAUUUUCUUUUUAAUAAAUCACACAGCGACCAUGUGUUCCGAACUAUUCUAGUCUUGGAAGAUUUUGAGCAGGUUUCAAUUCCAGAUUUCGUAGAGUCCUCGCUGACCUGAGUUAGACUUUUGUGUUGUUCACGUUCCUCCUGAGGACAAAGGUGGCCUUUUCGUAAUUGAUACCUGAUUUUUUAUGUUUUUUUUUUUCAAUUGAUACCAAAAAAUAAUGAAGCUGUUAGACACCGUUACCGAUGGAUCUCUCUUUUUUAGCACUAAACAGUUACGGUCUUUUGGCUUACCAAAUAGUGGAAACACUUCUGGUGUUACCAAAUUUGAAAUUGGUUCUAAAAUUUUGUACAUAAUUAGAAACCAUCGUUGAGUUUAAGUCAUUAAAACGCACGGUUCUCUAAUAUUUUAUUGGAACUACCCUCUAUAUAUUAUUGGGUUGUGUUCCAACGAAAUCUUAUUAUUCAGCAAUAGUUUAAUUAGUUGAUAAGUUAUUUUCAAUCGAGGAUGUAGUCUUAACCAAGCUCUCCCUCGUACGUUGUAUAAAUUAUAUUGAUUGGUAUCUAUUAAGGUACAUACUGUAACUGCAUAUAUGUACGUAGUUUUUUAAACUGUUAAGUAUGAAAUAACAUUACCGUAGUUAUGGAGUUAAGGAAAACGUGUACAUUUUGUAUCGUACUUUGUUUCAAUAAUGAAUAUAUAUUAUUAUAUGGUAAAAAUAAAUCAUCCAGUUUUUAAAAAAUAA